AAAGAUCUGUAAAUUCAGUGAACCUUCCUCUCUUUCCUGUUUCUUCUCUGAUUCCACAACAAAACAGUCUAAUCCCCUCUUUAUAUUUUCUUUUUACUACCCAUUUCUUUUUUAUAUUUCUUCCUCUGUAUCUAUCUUCCUCUCUCUCUCUCUUUUCAUUUUCUUUCUCUUACAAAAGAAACUUCAUUCUUCUUCCUCUUGCUUUCAUAAAAGCCCCAUAUAUUUUGGUUUCUAACGUUACCAUCUCAUCAUCUUCUUGUCGUUCUGUGACAGCAGAAGAAGAAGAAGAAAAAAAGCUUGUUGCUUUAUGCAUUUGAGUCCAACUCUGUUUCUUCAUACAUCGAUCUGAUUUCCCCCAGAUCAAUUCCCUUCAAAUGAUUCGUGAUAUCUCAAGUCUACAAAACGACAUCAUAAACAUUCAAGAACACUGUUCACUCAACAACAACAACAACAUGGACAUGAGAAGAGAUAACCGGAAGAACAUCAGUUUUCGUGGAUCAGCUCCUGCUCCGAUCAUGAGGAAGCAAGAACUGUUUCGGACAUUGUCGUCACAGAACAGUCCGAGGAGGUUAAUAUCAGCUAGUUACUUCAGUUUGGAAUCAAUGGUUGUGCUUGUUGGUCUCACUGCAUCUCUCUUGAUCUUACCCUUGAUUCUUCCCCCAUUGCCUCCUCCUCCGUUUAUGCUGCUUUUGGUUCCUAUUGGGAUUAUGGUUUUGCUUAUGGUUCUUGCUUUCAUGCCUUCUUCUAACUCCAAACAUGUAGUAGUAACUUCUUCUUCUUCUUCUUCUUCUUCUUCUUCUUCCACUUUUAUGUAAAACGUUUCUUUAAUUGAAGAAAUCCUUAAAAAAAAAACAGAGGAAGUUUUGUCUUGUUGUAAUUUACUUUAAGGUUUCAGGGUAAGAGAUUAAUACUAUUUCAUUUGUAAAACUUUGUUUCUUGUUGAUGCAGAAUUAUACAACUAUAUAAAUAAAGAGAAUUUAAUUGUUUCCA